AGGGUCUACAUUCUAGUUGGAAUCAUUCAGCUGUUGCAAGAGCCCAAUUGAACGAGUCAGAAGAGGUGAAAUCACCAAGUGAGACUUCAUCGGCAACUUCAGUGUCGGAGGAAACAAUAUCCAACUUUAUUAGCCAAGUUUCAAGCCUUGUCAAGCUAGUUGAUUCUAGGGAUGUUGUGGAGCUGAAGUUAAAACAACUUGAUUGUGAGAUUUUAAUCCGUAAGAAGGAAGCACUAUCGCAACCACCUACUCCUGUUCCUGCACAAACUCCAGUUGUACAAUCAUAUCAUGUGCCAUCUGUACAAUCUAGCGCGCCUCCUGCACCCGCAGCUGCUCCUCCUCCAAUUCAAACCCCUGCUCCAUCUCCAGCUGCAGCAAAGUCAGGUGAUUCAUCUCUUCCACCGCUCAAAUCUCCAAUGGCAGGGACAUUCUAUAGAAGUCCAGGACCGGGUGAACCACCAUUUGUGAAGGUUGGAGACAAAGUGCAGAAGGGUCAAGUUCUUUGCAUUAUUGAAGCGAUGAAAUUGCUGAACGAAAUAGAGGCUAAUCAGUCAGGAACCAUCGUUGAGGUUGUUGCUGAAGAUGGAAAACCUGUCAGUGUUGAUACUCCUCUGUUUGUCAUCAAACCAUAG